AUGUUUUAUGUUGUUGCAGUCACCUAUCCUUUGGACUUAACUAAGACGAGGUUGCAGAUCCAGGGAGAGGCAGCGGCUCAAAGCAAUGGCAAAACAACAUCACAUUUGCCAUACCGGGGUAUGCUGGGUACAGCGGUGGGGAUAGCCCGCGAGGAGGGGGCCCGUAAGCUGUGGAGAGGUGUGACUCCGGCCAUCUACCGACAUCUCAUCUACUCGGGCAUUCGCAUUGUCUUCUACGAGAAUAUGCGAGACAAACUCCUCAAGAAGGAGAGGGACGGCACGUUUCCCAUAUGGAAAUCGGCGAUUGGAGGCGUGACAUCGGGAGCAGUGGCUCAGUUCAUAGCCAGUCCAGCCGAUCUAGUCAAAGUGCAGAUGCAAAUGGAAGGCCGCAGGACGUUGCUUGGAAAACCACCCAGAGUACACAGCCCGAAACACGCGUUCAAGAAGAUAAUGUCGGAGGGCGGGGUGCGGGGCCUGUGGAAGGGGUCCAUCCCCAACGUGCAGCGAGCGGCACUCGUCAACCUGGGGGACCUCACCACCUAUGACACCGCCAAGCAGCUCAUUCUCACCAACACCACCUUGCCAGAUAGUCAUCUCACACAUGUGCUAGCCAGUGGAUGUGCAGGACUAGUAGCAGCUACGAUGGGCACUCCUGCCGAUGUGGUCAAGACCAGGGUCAUGAAUCAACCCACCGAUCUGGAAGGAAGAUGUUAUAGGAUACUUCAAUCUCACCGAAAUCUCCGAGAUUUCUUUCAAGUUUCUACAAAGCUAGGAAAUGAAACAUGGGAGAAUAAAUGAAUCUAA